AUGAAGUCCUCGCUUGCUCUUCUCGCCACUGCAGCUGCCGUCAGCGCCGCCGUUACCAAGACAGAAUGGAUUGUUGACGUCGUUACCGUGACCGUGACCGUUGACCCUAGCGACGGUGUCCAGACCUCCCAGUCUAUCUCGACUCCUACUCCUGAGCCCGUCAGCACCUCGUCUGCCGCGCCAUCGCCUCCCUCCCCUAUCAGCGCCAUUGCCGAGGAGCCUCAGUUCAUCACAACCACAACCACAACAACCGAGGCUCCUCCGACAUCGACUAUUGAGCCCGAGCCUGUUCAGACUUCCGCCCCCGAGCCUCAGCCUGAGACCACCACCAAGCCUCAACCGUCUUCGCAGCCCGAGCCUGAGACACCGGCUCCCGCCGACGGUUACCAGGCCACUGCUAUCAAGUACCACAACGCCUACCGCGAGGACCACAGUGCUGGCAAGCUUUCGUGGGACCAGAAAUUAGCCGAUUACGCUCUAGAGCUUGCCAAGUCUUGCGUAUUUGAUCACAACACGACAAUGGGCGGAAAGGAUUUUUCGUACGGUCAGAACCUUGCGAUGUUCGGUAUUGGUGGAGGAGACCUGGGGACCAUGGAUGCAGCCGUCGGCAAAGCCUCCAAAGAUUGGUAUGCCGAGGUCAAAGACUACGGCAGCUCUUACGGCCAAGGGGACCCUGCUACUGGCGCCAUGAUCGGUCACUUCACUCAGCUUGUGUGGAAGAACACAGAGACGGUCGGCUGUGCUACCUGGAAGUGCGACUGGGAGAUGCCCUCGAUGUACACUGUCUGCAACUACGGCCCCCCUGGCAACGUAAAGGGUCAGUACGGUAAAAAUGUCCUGCCCUCUCUUGGCCUCAAACUCAGCCUGUAG